GAUUAUUGGCACGGUAUCGGUCACGUGUGUCGGGAGCGUUAACCCCUCCUCGCGCCGCCAGCCCGCGGGGAGGGAGAGGCGGGGUUUGGGUUCACACCGCCUGUUCAGGACCAGGGCAGCCUGUGUGUGUGUGUGUGUGUGUGUGUGUGUGUGUGUGUGUGUGAGAGGGAGAGAGAGAGGGAGAGAGAGAGAGAGAGAGAGAGAGAGAGAGAGAGCCGGCCGGGGCUGAACGUGGAGUCGAGAUGAGGCGUUGAAGUCGCGGACCGUCCUGGUGUCGAGCUUGAAGAAGCAGAAGAAGAACCGCCGCCUCCUCCUGGAUGAAACCGCCGCCGCCACGGGACUAUUAUGCCCAGCGCCAACGUGUCCGUGCGAAGUUUAUCCGAGGAGGAGAAAUACCUCAGCAGCCGGAUGGAUCAGAGUAAUGAGGGCAGAUUUCGGAGUACUGAGAGCCUCCCUGUGUCAAUGCGGCGGGGUUCUUCAGAGAACAAUCUGGAUCUGGACCUGAGCGAUGCAAGUCCUCGUCUUGCUCUUGGUUUCGAGGUCCAUCGUAGUCGUUCUUGCUUGGACAACCUCCAGCAAAAGAUACUGAAAGUCACCGAGCAGCUGAAGAUUGAGCAAACUGCAAGAGAUGAGAAUGUUGCCGAGUACUUGAAGCUGGUGAACAGUGCGGAGAAGCAGCAAGUGGGGCGCAUCAAGCAGGUGUUUGAGAAGAAGAACCAGAAAUCAGCUCAAAACAUUGCUCAGAUGCAAAAGAAGCUGGAGCAGUAUCAUCGAAAGAUGAAAGACAGUGAAAUCCAUCACAGCCCAUCCCCUCACCCGCCCACUGUCAAACACAGCACCAUGCCCAGGGAGUCGCCCAGGGAGCUGCUGAGGGAUAUGACUGGCAGUGGCCGACACCCGACAAUGGACAAGAUCAAGACCAUUGGACCCGGUGUUUCCCUCUCCCCACCUUUUUUCUUCAGCAAGCCCAGAGAGUUCGCCAAUCUCAUCAGGAACAAGUUUGGCAGCGCUGACAACAUUGCCCACCUCAAGACCACGCUGGACGCUUCCUCUCCACUGCCCACGGACAGUGCAGGGAAGGGGCUGAGUAGCAGCACCUCUAUGGUGGGCAAGCCCAAGUAUCCCAGCGAUGACGAGUGCUCCUCAGGGAGCGCUUCCAUCUCAGCGGACAGUAACGGGAACCCAGCGGGGGGAGGAGGGUCAGCGGGGCAGGGUCAGGGCCACGGCCACGGCCAAGCGCAGCCAGCAGGGGGAGACGGUCAGAGCAGACUGGCCCUGAGCCUGGAGGAGGUGAGGGAGAUUAAAGACGCCCAGAGCCAGUUGGAGGAUGAUAUGGAGGAGCUGAAGGCUCAGUUCAAGAGUGAGUACGGCAUUAUCAGCCAAACUCUGCAGGAAGAGAGAUACAGAUACGGGCAUUUGGAAGACCAACUGAAUGACUUGACGGAGCUUCACCAAAAUGAAAUGGCUAAUUUGAAGCAAGAACUGGCCAGCAUUGAGGAGAGGUUGGCCUACCAGGCACAGGAACGGGCCAGGGACAUACAGGAAGCCCUCGAGUCGUGUCAGACACGAGUGUCCAAGCUGGAGCUCCAGCAGCAGCAGCAGCAGCAGACGGUCCAGCUCGAGAGUCACGACGCCCGGGUUUUGCUGGGGAAGAGCAUCAACAUCAUGCUGGCCAUCAUCACUGUCAUCCUGGUGUGUGUCUCCACUGUGGCCAAGUUCGCCGCUCCGCUGAUGAGGAGCCGAUACCACGUGGUAGCGACCUUCCUCGGUAUUUGUUUUAUGACCGUAUUCUGGAAGAACUGGGACCGUUUACAGUACGCCAUGGACAGGUUGCUGGUGUUUGCCUGAGAGUAAAGAGAACAUUAACAUAACACUGUCAGUCGUCAGGAUGGGACUGUCUAAGAGGAUUGGUUGUACAAUCGUCAGAAGACACGAUCUCCAAGCAUUUACAGAAGUCACUUUUUUAGUCUGAUAUCAAACAUUUGUGAUUUUCUUGUCUAGAACUUGAAUGUGUGUAGCUAAUAUUUUCAUUUAAUCUUCAAGUUAAUAUUUAUAUAACAGUACAUUUUGUUACAUUUUGAUUGCUAAAAAAAGAUCAUCACAAGACACAAAAGGUCAAUUCAAGGAUUGAGACAGGUGAAGAGAAUUCGCUUUUCACUAUAAUGCAGCAAUGUGGGACUCACUCUUUACCACAUUUCCCAGGGAUAUAAUCCAUAGAUUCAAUUUUGCUUCAAUAUCUGUCAAAAGUUUUGCAAGCAUGCACAUGGAAACAUAAACAAAUGAAUAUUUGAACAUUUUAGGUACAUUUGCUCAUUUGCUUUCUUCUUUCUAAGAGUAAGAUGAGAAGAUCAGUACCACUCUCAUGUCUGUGUGGUAAAUAUUAAUCUACGAUCAGCAGCCGUUUAGCUUAGCUUAGCAUAAUACCCACAAUAUUUUAUGAAGUUUAUGCCAUUGCAGCUGGUCCUUCCUGUUUUCAGGCCCUUUGCUAAGUAAAACUAACCGGCUGCUGGUGCCACUUCCAUAUCUUACCAAAUUUUCCAAUCAGCCAUUUGGCAAAGAGGCUCAUGAUAUUUUUAAAUUUUGAAUUAUUGUUUUAAAUGAGGAAACCUUUAGAGUUAAGUGCAGAUGAAAUCGGCAUCCUGUUUUCUAUGAGUUUAGUUACUUCAUUCCUUGUGGCAGGGGUGGGGAACCUUUCCUAUCAAGGGCCAUUUCAAUUUUUAUAACAUCCUUUGAGGGCCAUACUCAAUUAUUGAGCACAUAUCACUCUAACCUCUAAUGCUGUGGCUGGUUUAGGUCAGAUGGUAAAAGGAUGAUGCUACUCGGAGCUGGUUGGCCAGGGUUCAGUCUCGAGCAGAACCGAGUCUUUGCAAGUUUGGAAGAGAAACAUUUUACACGAGCAGAAGGAGGCUGUUCUACUUAAUUUGAUGCUCGCCGUUGCCCUUGUGUCGUCAGCUGUCGGACACACCCGCUGGUUCCACAUUAAACGGCGUGGCGAAUGUGUUCAGGUCAGUUUGCAAAUACAAACUAACAAGCAUAUUCAGAUGUCAUAGCAUUGUUCUUGCAGGGUAGGAAAAGGCCUUGUGACUUGACAGCUGGAAGAGAUCGCCCUGAAGGACGUGGUAUGCCACUCUUUUAUGUUUGUUUGUUUUAUUGCAGAAAAAUCUAAAUCAGACGAAUCAAUUGCUGUCAUUGAGGAGGUCGCACAUUCCCUACCCCUUCCUUAUCACCUUGUUUGCCUGGUGUGGUCAGUCAUCUCUUAAAGUUUCUCUGUGUACUGUUCAUGAUGUUUAAAGUGCAAUAUUUUUUUUAUUUUUUUUAUUUUCAAGAGCACCGUUUUUAUUCUUUUGAUUCUUUUAGGAGUGAGCUUGUUACAUCAAUGUUUUAAAGUGACAGGGUGUUGGUGUUGUCUGGAGUGGGGUGGGGUGAGGGGAGGGGAGGGGGAGGGGGUUGUCAUUAAUGUUGGCAUGAGAGAUCCAUAACCACUGAAGCCUCUGCUGGGCUCUGAUAGGACCAGCUGUCUCCUCUCUUAAGGGCCAAAAAAUGAGUCCAACCACAUCGCUGUGCUGGUCGCACGGUAAUGUCAACACACGCCAGCGCAGUAGCGCAUGCACACAAGCAACACGAAAACAGAGUCGACCAUUUGGCUCUCUGUAUUUACAUGUCUUCUGGGUUUUGCCCAGUUCAAUGUCUUUUACUAAUAAUGUGAUGGAGAGGCGAUGGGGUUAUACUGUGAUACACAACCUUUUUCUGAGGAGAGAUGCAAUUCCUUUUUUGAAUGUUUCAUUUUUUUUCCGGAAAGAAGCAAUGAUCAGCCUUCAGUACUCCAAUGAUGACAGAGGAGCACAUUGCAGGUUGCAAGUAAUGAAUUAUGAGCCUAUUAUAUGGACUGACUAAUAAUAUUUCAUGUUUGAUCUUAUGAAAAAUGCCUACAAGUUUCUUACAUGGAGCUACAGACCACUUUUUAAUGUUUGUCUGCUAUUAUAACGUAUGUGUUGAUGUUUGUUGUUGCCUCUCUGUUGUUCUACUGACCAUGAUAUUUUUUAUGUCUCUAAUUUUGACACGUGAGGAAGUUUCACCUGCAGAACUACAGAUCUGGUUUACAUUCUCUUUUUUCAUCUCCGGUGCACUAUGUGAUCAAUCAGUUGUAUUUUCAUGCAUUUACGUGCCUUUUGUCUGACAAUUUCUGUUAAAUUAAACAAAACCUUUUUAAACUAA